AUGACUGAAUAUCAACAUCCAGUUCAUCCUGGCCCGUCGUGCCAACACAAACCCACCAGCGCUUGUGCCAUUCCGCAUCGUCCGUACUGGGCACAGAGCCAAGUUCAAUACGCACAAAAUCUUCUCGAGUGCUCGGGUGAACCGAUCGAGUACGACCACGACGACCGAGAUUACUGGGACAACUGUUUCUUUUUCCCCGAGGACUGUUCUUGGUCUCCUCCCAAGGACUGGAUCGUUGAGCAGCACGACCCCAAAUACGAUCUCUCCCGCGACGACCCCUACGACACCAUGAUUCCCGGACUACCAGACAUCAAGAUGCUGGAUGCGGAGGCCCUCAGCGACCUGCUGGAGGACAACCUCUCGCCGCCGGAAAUCACCUCCAUUCUAGUAUUCGCGACCAACGGCGCCAUCUUUGCCUCCGCGUCAUCUCUACCGCUGCGACAAUUACGAAACCUCAGCGCAACCUACGGCGCUGCCUACACCUGCUACGCCAAGAACGCGUCCAGCGGCAACCUCACGGGUGUCAACCCAGCCAGCCAUCCCUCUUCCUACGUGACCGCCCAAUCCGUGUCCCUAGGCGACGUCGGGUCCAUCGUCUUCGAGCUCGACGACCUCGUCGCCAUCGUCACGCGGAUCGCCGACAAGGUCCUCCUAGCCGCCGUCGGACCCUCGAAGAUGAAACCCGUAGGACCCCUCGACGGCACUUCGGGCACCACGAACGGGUUUACCAUGGACGGGCCCGGGCCAACCGGUGCCCAGUUCGUGCCCCCAAACGGCACAUCCCUCCAUCAUCCGACUUCCACCAACGGCACCACCCCGAACGACCUCUCCCGCAGCCACAGCGAAUCCCACUUCCAGAGCGACGCGCAUCUCGAAACGCAGUACGAAAUCGACCGGAGCAGCGACCUCGCCCGUCUCUCUAGUCUCAAACUCUCCGCGUCCCCGGCCAUUCUCCUCGCCCUGGAGUCCAAGUCUGCUGCGCUAGGGCGAUUCCUGACCCAGAAACUCGAGGACCUCGCUAGUCCUGACGAUUUUUGA